AUGGGUGACAUCCCCGGCCUCGUGAAAAUCAGCGCCCUCAAAAUCCAGCCCAACGACGGGGCGGUGUAUUUCAAGGUGGACGGGCAGCGCUUCGGCCAGAACCGCACCAUCAAGCUGCUGACCGGGGCCAAGUACAAGAUCGAGGUGGCCCUCCGGCCCGGCACCGUCCAGGCCACGACAAUGGGCAUCGGGGGCGUCAAUGUCCCACUGGAAGAGAAAUCGAGGGAUGCACAGGUGGCCUCUUACACAGGGAUCUACGACACAGAAGGGGUGCCCCAUACCAAGAGUGGGGAGAGACAGCCCAUCCAGGUCAACAUGCAGUUUAACGACAUUGGUGUUUUUGAAACAGUCUGGCAAGUCAAAUUCUACAACUACCACAAACGGGAUCAUUGCCAAUGGGGAAACAGUUUUGGCAGUAUUGAGUACGAAUGCAAACCAAAUGAAACGCGCAGUCUUAUGUGGAUCAAUAAAGAGACCUUCCACUGAAAAGAUGUGAAACCAAUACUGCUGGACAAUCUCCCUGAAGAAAAAUCUACCUUUUUAAACCAGCAAGAAGCCUUAACAAAGGCAUACUGUAACAUUGCUUUGUUCCAUAAGGUUCCAACAACUAUGUUGUAUAUACAGGUGGUGCCACUAAAAUCUUUGCCUAUUUCUGUAUUUUAAGUUUACCAUGGCAUCUGCAACAUUUUUUAUCUGUCACCCUGAGAAUACUGAAAAGUUCAUGGUAAAGAAUAUUUGAUAGCUGGGUAGAAAGUCAUACCAUCAUAAUACUGUCAUAAGUAUUUGGAUUAUUCCCACUAAACGGUUCCACUAGACGUAGCAACUUUUGUGAAGUGUUUUGCUUUAUUGCUUAAAAUUUGGGUGCAACAUCACAUCGGUGAUUUCUGUAUUUAUAUUUGUGUUUGCUCCUAAAUCGGUGUGCUCCUUCAAGCAUUUUGUCGUACAUGUCAUCCCAGUGGACAGCAAAAAGUGCAAAUUACGGAUAUUUGUAGGUUUAGCUAAAUGGCAGCUACUGCACUGUUGAUAUUGUGCUUUCAUACCAGGGAAUUUGGAAACUCAUUCUCCCUUUUGUUAAGUGCUGUAAGAUAUUCUGUGAAAAGUCUGCUAAUUUACCAGAUCUCUCAAAAUAGGAUUCUUUGUUGUUAAGUUUCCCAGUCUCUGAAAUAGCUUUAGGAAAUGGUAUAAAACAAGCUAACCUGAAUGAAGGAAAAGCAAUAAAUCAGUUGUGGUAUCAAAGACAUCUAACAA